AUGACUGGGAUUCUAGUGCUGGCUGAGGAUGCAUGCGGGGACGCCACUCUGUUGCAACUAUACCAGCAGGAAGAUGAGACGAUCCGCCCAGCAACUGAUAUCGUCGGCGAAGGUUCGAUUUUCAUCAUCAAGGAGCCGUUCUUCAAGCUCACGGCGUCUGGUGAUUACAGUGUGCGAGUCGAUCAUCUUUCCGAUAUCGCAUAUCUCACCAGUGAGGAUACUAGAGUACCCUCGUCAUGGCGGCCGAGAUUGCGGGAGUUGGAAGGAUCAGCGGAUUCUUUGAAGCUUGAGGGGAACAUACUCCUAGGGAAAGGGAAGUUCUGGGAAGCUAUCGAUAAAUAUACGACCGCUCUGACACAAUCGACCUCACUUCACGAGAAGAAAGUCAUCAAGCGAAACAGGUCACUAGCAUUCCUCAAAACCAAGCAAUACGACGCCGCGUUCACCGACACUGGCUUCCAGACCUUCAGUGAAGAACCUUCGGAGAAAGCACUCUUUCGCGCAGCGGAGGCACUAUACCACCUCGCUCGCUAUGACGAGUGCCGCCAAGUUCUCGAACAGCUCUGCAACAUCUUCCCAGCCAACAAAGAAGCAGCGGCUACGCUUACUCGUGCCCAACGUCGAUGCACUGAGUCUAGCACCGGCGAAUUCGAUUUCAAGCUUCUCCAAGCCGAAGCAAAGAAGUAUCAACCUCCCCAUCUUGAUCAUGCUACAUACGUGGGCCCGUUGCAAGUUCGCAAAGUCAAAGGUAAAGGUCGCGGCUUGUUUGUAACCAAGUCUGUUCAGGUAGGAGAUUUGCUACUGUGUGAGAAGGCUUUCAGCCAUGCUCAUGUCGAUGAAGAGGGGGGGAGCAACGCAGGCAUGAAACUCUUGAUGAACGUGGAGACUAUGAAAGGCUUCAUGGGCGGCCAGGCUGACCUCCUCCGGAUGAUCACACAAAAGCUGUUCAAGAAUGCCUCGACGGCCUCUGCUUUCACCGACCUGCAUCACGGCGACUACGAAGCAGUUGAUGCGAAAUUCGUUGAUGGACAGCCGAUAGUAGAUACACUGACGCAAUCCUCUUCAAGCUUCCUCGUCGAACGAACAAUGUCUCUCAACGUCUUUGGCUGCCCUGUCACGUCGCUCAAGAGCCACAAAGACCUCAAAGCCAACAAGGCUUCGGAGGAAAAGGAAUUUCAUUCCUGCGGUAUCUGGAUCAAGGCCUCAUACAUCAAUCACAGCUGCCUCGGUAACGUCCGCCGAUCGUUCAUCGGAGAUAUGAUGAUCGUGCGCGCAGCGGAAUAUCUAGAGGCCGGCACAGAACUGUCGUUCCCAUACGAGGCUCCCGAUGGAGUCUACACUUCGAAGCCUGGCCAGAAAUUUGAGAGCUGGGGGUUUGUCUGCAACUGUGCGUUGUGCGAAGACAUCAAGGCCACGAAAUCGGCCGUAGUGACGCAGCGGCGAAGCUUGUUGGACCAGAUGAAUCGACUAUGCAAAUCAUCGUCGACAGGAAACGCCCUAACGAAGAAAUUCGAACGCUCGCUUAAGGCAUCGAACGAGACGUACGUCCGACCCGCCGAAGACGUUCCGCGACUCCUACUGUGGGACCCGCAGCUGCUGCUGACCCGAAUCUACAUGCAACAGCCUGAUCUUGCCAAGGGGUUGGAAUCGAUGGGUAAGAUCCUCCAGAGCCUAGGCUUUACCUUUACUGGGCUCGAUCGCACGCCUUCAGCUUUCGUAGUCACGAGGUGGGGUCAUAUAGUGGACCAUCUAGUGGAGGCCUUUCUACAUGCACGAUCGGCAUUUGAGCAGUCGAAGUUGGGGGACAAGGCGAAACAGGCGGACCAAUAUGCACGGGUGGUGUACCGGGUGGUAGUUGGUGAAGAUACGUCGUUUGAUAAGACGUAUCCCAGGUCUUCGUAG